AAAAGACAAAUGUUAAAAAAUAACUUAUUUUAUCUUAUUUGUUAAAAAGACUCUAUAUGGUUGGAUAAGAACGAGGAUUGAGGGUAUUGGCUUUUUGUAUAGCUGUCAAUUGGGACCAACAUUGAAUCCUUUUGGUUGGUACACUAACAAUAGUGUUUAGUGUGUACUUCCGGUUACAUUUGUAUUAUUAUAUAUCUUUUUCCACACACUAUAUGGUAUACAUUACAUAGUCCAAUUCAACACAACUCAACCCCUUUCUCUUUUUCUACCUACAACACUAAAUUAUUCUCCUAUUCUCUAUUUCUCAAUGGAUCAAACCCAAACACCUGCUUAUGUAUACUUCAGUUGUAACUUGAGAAUAAUUCAAGCACGAAACGUUGAAUUCAUCAAGUCCACCAAAAUCUUGUUUGCAAGGCUGUAUGUUCCUGUAGGAAACAACAAAAUAAUUGAACUAAACAACAAAAAUAUUUCAAUACAAUCAGCACCAUUUUGGAACGAAUCUUUUAAUCUAGAUUGUUUGUGUCCCCUUGAAUUAUUGGAAAGACUUAAGAAACAAUGCCUAACAUUGGAGCUAAGGAAACGAAAAACAUGGGGGUCAAAUAUCAUUGGAAAAGGUGAGAUUCCAUGGAAAGUGAUACUUGAAUCACAAAACAUGGAGUUGAAAAAAUGGGUGAAAAUGGAUUUGGUGAGUGGAAGUGAUUGCAAAGAGGGUAUGUUGAAAGUACCUCAAGUUGAAGUGGAGAUUAAAAUACGAGUGACAUCGGUUGUUGAGAUGGAAAAACAAAAUAAGAAGAUGUUGAAUACUGAUUGGAAUGAGUGUGGAUGCAAAAAUGGAUAUGAUCACCACCAAACUUGGUGUCCCGCCGAAGCUUUGGGGGCUUUUUGAUUUCAUUUGAUGCAAUAUGUGAUGUAGAUAUAUAUGCACUAACAUCAACUUAGUGGAUUCAUUCUACAUGAUUAGAGUUUACUACUUUCUUUAUUCCCACUCUAUAAAAUCACUUCUCAAGCGCAUUAUCUUUUAAUUUUUUAUGUUGAAAUUGUAUAAUUCGAUUUAUGGUUUCUUUAAUUUUAGUAGAUCACUUUUGCAA